AUGUCCGAUACGUUGGAUAGGGAUCCGAGUUCUACUAGAUGGACGGUCACGUUCCCAGUGUCGACUGGCGAUUAUCCGACCCACUUUGAACUACCAUCGUUCGGGGUCAAGGAUCAACAUAGUGAUCAUACUUUUACACUACGUCGCCGGUAUGCAGCAAACACACCAAUGGUGCCGUCCGCUACAAGUGCUCCGCGCUCAAAGGCUAAGAGUGAAGAGGCGGGGUCACCUAGCCAACAUGCACUGCGUGUUACGUUUAGUGAAGUUGAAGAGUCUCCCGGUAACACGUCACCUGCACCGCUUUAUUUGAAUGAGGAUAGGCCCUUCUACCCGGAAGGUGAGGAGGAGGAGGAGGAUGAAGGUGCAACAGGCUCUGCAGCAAUCGAGGCGAAAUCACCACUUCGGCCGAGUGAUGACGACGUCGACGUCCGAAACUUACUCGAUAGCGAAAGGAGGCGGGGCCGCAAGGGCAAACAGCCAGAACGCCGCGAUGUUCUCCAACGAUGGCCCGCCGAGCGUCGAUCGCAAAUUGGUUCGAAAUCCCCCAAUCAGGGCAACACCGAAGGCAACAGGCACGGCAAUGGUAUGAUUCGGGAGCCUGAGCCUAUCCCUUCAACGUCGGAAUCUCCUGUUACUAAACCGAAUGUGAAACAUGUGAAGCGCAAAAUUCGGAAAGCCAAGCUAGACUACACAUGGCAUGCGAAUGCAGGGUCAACUGUAAUUGCGAAGCCUCCGUCCAAUCUCAACGUGGAUGAUCUUGGAACGCUAUUCCUACAUCGUAUCAGCGCGGAUGGCAGGGUGACGGACGCCGUGCAGGUGUGGAUGUGGGAUCAGUUUGACGACGGUUCAACUGGUUGGCGAAGUAUCGAUGGGUCCAGCCUUCCUCAUCACCCUAUGUCACCAGAACUCACGCUAUCGUUCACGCCUACCGGGGACCCCAGUUGGAUAGGUCCGGUUACCGCAAAGCGUCCACGCAAAUUGCCACAAAUUUUACCAUGA